GUACGCUUCUGUUCACCAUCUCGCCAAGUUAUGUUAACAAUGAUUUGUAUGUUUUAGCACCGGCUGGACAAAGCUUUGCCAUUCCAAACCAGGCCAAACCGGGUUAAACAGCCGUGACAUGUGUGGACCUGCGUGGAUGUCACAUCUGAGUGGCAGCUCCACAACAAUCUGUUUCCGAAGAGCUGCACUUUUGAUUCACGAUUAACUUAAAGGAUGGACUUUCGCGGCAGGAGGCACGAGCGAGGCAGCAACUGGACCGACCCGGAGAUAGUGGAGCUGCUCCAGCUGUGGUCCGACGAGUCGGUCCAGAUUGAGCUGGAGAGCUCGUUGCGCAACCAGCGUGUGUUUGACCGCAUAGCCCACAUCCUGCGCGAAAAGGGCAUCUACCGCACGGGUGACCAGUGCAGGGAGAAAAUCAAAAAGAUGAAGCUCGAGUACCGCCGCAUUAAGGACAAUCACAAAAUGAGGUCUUGGAAGUUCUAUGAUGUGAUGGACAGGGUGCUGGCGAACCGACCGGCCAUCACCUACUCCUCCCUGGGCGGAGCUGUCAUAGCUCAACAGGUGUUCCAGAGCCCGGGCGGGCCUGACCCAUACUUGCAGGGAGUUCCAGCAGGCUCCUUUGGCCCUGUCUCCUCGGGCGGGUUUCUGUUUGGUCAGCCUCCAAAAGCUGGAGAUCCACUGGAUAUUAAAUGUGAAGAUGUUGAUGAAAGCAUGCUGAACGCAGGUGUCGCACCCCCUGAGAUGUACUAUGGAUCUGGAGAUGAGCAGGAAACUGAUGGGCAGUCUCUACUGGGGCCAGAGGACACUCUGGGGCGAGGAGAGAGCUCAACAAAUACAAGAAUCUCACCUUCAGGUUUUAGUGACCUGAACAUCUCUGGUUCAGCUGCAGCAGCCACCCAGGCUGGUGGUGGUCCUGUGCCAGAGAACACAUCUGAGCAGCCCAGAAAGGAGGGCUCUCAUCCUGCAGCCUCUGUGAGACAGAGGAAGCGCCGCCGGGGCGGCAAAUCAUCAUGGGGCCACGGGGGCGCUAGAUGUGGCAGUGAGGGCUGCCUGGAUAAAGCCCUGGCCCGCUUCCUGGACUGGCAGCAGUCAGCAGAGGAGCGUCUCCUCUCUCUGGAGGAGGCGCGGCUGGAGAGAGAGCUGCAGGCCGAGGAGCGCAGGGAACAGCAGGAGGAGAGAAGGGCUGAGCAGGAGCGGCAGCAUGAGCUCCGUCUGUUCAGCAUGCUCACGGGAGCACUGGUCGCUGUCAGACAGGGAGCCCCGACCACUGAGACAACGCCGUCCGACCCCUCCUUCUCACCCCGAGCUCAUCUGUCAGCUUCGCUGAUGACCACAGUCGCCCCCACCGUCUCGUCAUCUUUAUCUCAGCCACCCUCGGAAGCUCCCACAGCGAAGGCCGCCUCUACCCAGGAGACAAUAAAGUCAAAACUGGCCACAUCUGCCAGAGCCUGCGAAAAGUCUCAGAAUGUUUUGGCAACAGUGCGAGCUGCAGACACUCCCGGCCCCAGCGUGUACCUCUCCAACCGCGGGAACAGCAUCCGACAGCAGCAAGGCAUCCUCCAGGAGGGCUUUGCCCAGUAUGGAAUGGACAAAUACCAUGAUACAGAUAACCCUGAUGGUGUAAUUAACAUGGGUACCAGUGAGAACAAACUAUGCUAUGAUCUUCUCCAUAAACGGCUGACCAAGCCUGACAUGCUGCAUAUCGACCCAUCUUUGUUGCAGUAUUCAGACUGGAGAGGACACACAUUCCUGAGAGAGGAGGUUGCAAACUUCCUGACUCACUACUGCUGUUCACCAACCCCACUGAAAGCUGACAACGUUGUGGUGAUGAAUGGCUGUGGUUCCCUCUUCUCAUGUAUUGCUGCAGUCAUUUGUGACCCCAAAGAUGCCAUUCUCAUUCCUACUCCUUUCUACGGUGUUAUCACUGAGGAUCUCCAGUUGUACAGUGAUGUCAAACUCUUUCACGUUCCUCUUGACUGUGAGGCCGAUGGCAAAGACAGUCAACCCUUCCACCUCACUGUAGGGAAACUAGAAGAAGGUCUGAAAAGGGCUAAGCAAGAGGGGUUGAUCAUCCGAGCUGUUAUACUGAUGAACCCCCACAACCCUCUGGCUGAGAUCUACACCCCGAAGGAGAUGAUUGCCUUCUUGGAGUUUGCCAAAAGAAAUGAGCUCCACGCCAUUGUGGAUGAAGUGUACAUGCUGACGGUCUUUGAUGAAUCUGUCACCUUUCACAGUGUCCUCAGUGUAGACAGUUUGCCCGACCCACAGAGGACACAUGUAAUGUGGGGGGUGAGCAAGGACUUUGCAAUGGCAGGAAUCAGAAUAGGCACCCUGUAUACUGAGAACAGAGACCUUGUGGAGGCUUUGGCCCAGAUGGGCUCAUUUCAUGGUAUCUCUGGAACCACCCAACACCAGAUAGCACAACUGCUUAAGGACAGAGAGUGGAUCAACGAGGAUUUUUUGCCUGAGAACAGAUGCAGACUGAAGGCUGCUCGCAGUCACCUGACAGGAGAGCUGCAGAGUAUGGGCGUCCCCUACCUGGACAGGCCUGCUGCACUGUAUGUCUGGGCUGACCUCAGAAAGUACCUCAGAGAGUCGUCAUUUGAGGAGGAGUUGUCUCUGUGGAGGUGUUUCCUCAAACACAAGGUGGUUUUGAGCUGUGGUCAGGCCUUCUCCUGCUCCACACCUGGCUGGUUCCGCAUUGUCUUCUCAGUCCAACAGCACCACCUACAGCUCGGCAUGAGGCGAAUUAGGGAGGCUUUAAAAAACAUUGCAGAGAAAAGCACCAGCCCUGAUUCACACUCUAUCAAAGAGACCAGUUGGGAGGGCAAAAAAUCAGUGAAAGAGGACAGUGCAGAUUCAGACAAUGCUGCGAUUGUCAAUUCAACAUCAUCACCCCAGAGCAAGUCAUCCGACCAGCUGAAAGAGAAGGAUAGCCCUGUUCCUGACACAGCCCUGCUGGCCACUGAGGAGUUUGUGUUGCUGGACUGCCAAGCAUCAAAGCCCGCAGAGAGUCUGGACUCUCUGAUUGGGACUCUCAGGCACCAGAUCCGCUCCUCUGAUUGGCUGGAGAAAAACACUCCAGAGCUGUCUGCCGGAGAGGACCCAGAGAUUCUUGAUGUAUUCAAGGCCCUGCUGCAAAGAGCCAGAAAGUAAGCUUAGGAUAAACUGGUGCAAAUGUAGCUGCCAAAUUUCAAGAGGCAGCACUUCAAGCAUCCCUCUUAUUCCCUGAGUUCAUGGAGAAAAGCUUGACACAAAAACACCUGACACAAGGUCAAAUCUGAAGCCUGUUUCUGAGUGAAGAGGAAACAUAACCGAGAGCAGGAUAAAGAGCAGAGAAGAAGAAAUGUAAUGCAGGCUAGGCCUUGAUGGAAGAGCAGGACAGUAGUGGUUUUUCUACCUGCAUCUUGAGGCCUUAUUUUUCAGCUGCUAAGGGAGACGGCCUUUCUUUUUUUUAAAUCCAGACUCAAACGUUUUAUGUUUAUUUACUCAAAUUCUACAUGAAUUCCAAAUGUAAAUCAACCAAAAUCAGCCAUGUUCUAUUCAUAGACAUUUUAAGUGUCUUAAGGGGAGACACUACAGGUGAAACAACUCAAUCGCCAAAAUAAAUGUUGACAUGAAACUCUACGUUUCUUCUAGUCUUUAGUGUUACGUUGUGACAACAGCUAAGUUCUGUUCAGGUUUAGGCACAAAAAGCUAUAGGUUAGGGUGAGGAAAGAUUAUGUUUCAUCUUAAGGUACUCUGUUCGUCACCACAAACAUGGCUCAGACAGUGGUUUGCUGCUUGGCAGUUGUUUCGCCUCAUCACCACCACCAUCCCCUCCUCCUCCUGAUGAGCUCAUUGCUUGUAUGUACCAGUAAUCUGAACUAUGUCACUUUAACACCUACCGUAAAAAUAUUGCUAUGAUACGGAUGAAACGUACAAAUUUAAUGUGUCUGAGAUUUGCAGAAACUUAGAAUGGCAACAUUUUAUUUUGGGGAAUGGACUGGACUUGUCAAGAGAAUUCUGGCUAUUUUGCUUCCAUAGCCUGCCUCCUUUAGAUUAGUGGAAAGAAAAUGUACAAAAUACACAUUAGGUGUUUAUUUUAAUUCAGAUUUCUGUUCAGGACAUGUAUGCAAAUUAUUCAAACCUUAGAUUUCAGAAAACUUGUCAUCCAAAAAAUAACGUUUUAUUAAAUAAUAGUUUCAUGGUGACAUCUAUUUUUACCUUAUUCACCUGUAGUGUCUUAUGUUUUGCCUAAAAAUGUAUGGAAUUUUACAAUACGUGUCUUAAAAAGCUGUUUUUUCUCAUAUUCUGAGCCAGAAAUCUCCACUUCAGUUGCACUUAAAUGCACCAAACUCUACAGUUUUAUUGCUAUCUAUAUUCUGAAGGUUUCUACAGAGGAAUGUGUUCAUAUAUCAUUCAUAGCCCGAUUUGGAAAACAUUUUAUUCUUAAAAACAAGGUGAAAAUUGAUUUUAUUUUUUUUAUGCUGCUGAUAGUAUUUUCUGAUUUAUGGAGUGAUAAAAAGAGAUAUCCAACAUUCCCCCGGUAAAAAAAUAUGUCAAUAAAAUGAAGCAAGACUAUUAAAGCUGGCUUUAUCCAUUAUUCAGAUUUCUGUUCUGGAAGCAUCUAUUAAUUAGACAGUUCCUCAUUUGCAUAUGUAAAAUGUAAGUAAUCAGCAGGGGUGUUACAUGGUUAUAUCUAUUAGUUAAAAUCUUUUACCCUAUUCACGUUUAGUGUCUCCCCUUAUUCUGAAUCGUAAUGUUUAUUAUCAUGCACUUUAUUUUAUCAGAAUGUAGUGUACUUUCUGUAAAGUUAAUGAUCUGUGAA